CCGUUCCUGGAUCGCCAUUACAUUGAUGGACAACUGCCGGGAGCGCCCCGGACGAAUCCGUACCAUACGGCAAGCCAGACGUCAAUUUCCCUCGAGGCUCUGUGCGCGCUGGGCAUGGGCCUUGUUGUGGUGCCUACCAACCUAUCAAUCCCCCCCGGCGACGCCAUCACGAGUAGGCGAGGGCAACCGGGCGUGACCCACCCUGACCUGAUAAUGGCGCCCAUCGAAGCUGGCAGUUGUUCUCCCUCCCUUAUGCUGUGGUAAUAAGGAAGCCUGGAUGGGGGAUAACUGGGCUGAUUGCAGGGCGCAAGGGACAGACAGAUAUUGCCCGGCUGGGUCUUCGCGUCAUGCCGAGAGCUGGGCUGUUGACUCUUUCUGUUACAAGGACAUCAAAGAAAGCGUGUCCCCGGUGAUUGCACCCUCGCAGGGGACCGUCAGAGUCAGCACUGGCAAUGCGCCACUGGGAUUUAGAAUAUUAACUUCUUUUGUCUUAUCUUGGGCAGCAUUGCAGCGAUCUUCUCUUGGGCGGUGUCAUCUCUUUCUUUCUCUGCCCGGACCUUCCCCUUCUUGUGUCCCCAAUCUCACUCAGCACAUCUGAGCGUUUCCCUGCCCAGGUGCCUUAUUAGCGUCGUAUCUUCUCCGUCAUUUUUGUUUCCUAGUAACGAACGACCAAGAUCAUCAUGAUGUUUUCGUUAGAGUCCCACAUCGAUUUGGCCGCUGCCGACAUCUUUUCAUUGUGUCUUCUUUUCGCAUCCGCGGGUGUCCUCGCGAUCGUCGUUUAUCGGCUUCAUUUCCACCCGCUCUCAAGAUACCCCGGCCCAUUUUGGGCCCGCAUCACAUCAUUUCCUUCAUACUGGCACACGCUCAGACAAGAUCGACACAUUUGGCUAUGGCGUCUCCAAGAGGAGUAUGGCCCAACAUUUCGAUACCGGCCUGACAGCAUCCUCGUCAACACCCCCUCAGCUUACGCCCAGAUAUUCGGGCCAAAGGGCAAUGUGAAGAAGGGACUAUACUACCAGGUGUGGCCCCGCCACGCCAAGGCCGUCACGACGUGGAACAGCACCGACCCCGCCGUCCACAGCUUCAAGCGGCGCGUGCUGAACCACGCCUUCUCGUCCAAGGCGCUGCGGUCCGCGGAGCCCUUCGUCCUGUCCAACACCGACAGGUGGUGCGAGCUGCUCGACGACGAGGUCAGGGCGGGCGGGGAGUGGUCCGGCUCCCUCAACAUGACGGACUGGGUCAACUACCUCGUCUUCGACAUCCUGGGCGACCUGUGCUUUGGCAAAUCCUUCGGCAUGAAGGAGCCGGACGGGCCAAUGAAGGAGGCGCCGGACCUGAUGGCGGACAUGCUGGCGCUGCUGAACCCGAUUGCUUUUGCGCCCUUCACGGCCCUCUGGGUUUGGCUGAAGCCAAGGGGCCUGGACUCGCUGCUCGCCGUCGCCACGCCUCCGCCCGUGAAGAGGUGGGGCGACUUUGUGACCAAUUGCCUGACGGAGCGCACGCAGGCGGAAAAUCAGGCGCAGAGGCUACUGGCGAGCGACCCGGACUUUGAAGUGCGGAAGGAUUUCUUCCACUACCUGUUCCACGCGCAGGACCCGCAGACGGGCAGAGGAUUCCCUAUGGAGGAGCUGUGGGGCGAGGCCGAGUCCAUGAUUAUUGCCGGCUCGGAUACUACCGCCAUCGUGAUGACUGCCAUGUUCUUCUACUUGGCGCGUAAGCAGGAUGUCCAGGCAAGACUCGCCGAGGAGAUCCGAUCCACAUUCCACAGCUUCGACGACAUAGCGGGCGGCCCGACCCUCUACGGCUGCAGGUACCUCAAGGCCUUCAUCCAGGAGUCCCUGCGCAUCUCGCCCCCCGUCGCCGCGGAGCUGGACCGGGAGGUGCUCAAGGGCGGCAUGGUCGUCGACGGCGAGUUCGUGCCCGAGGGCGUCAGCGUCAGCGUCGGCCACUACUGCCUGAGCUACAACAGCGAGAUCUUCCCGGACCCGCUCGAGUUCCGGCCCGAGCGGUGGAUCGUGGGCGAGAAGGCGUCGUCCGCCGAGAGCGUGGCGCUGGCCGAGAGCGCCUUCUGCGCCUUCUCCGCGGGGCCCAGGGGGUGUCCCGGCAAGAACCUCGCCUGGCUUGAGAUGAUGAUCGUCGUGGCCAAGAUCAUCUACAAGUUUGAGAUCAGGAGGGACUUUGCUGACAACCUGGGCGGCGGCUCUCCUGACGGGAGGGUGGGCCGGCGGAAUGUCGACCAGUUCCAGACGUAUGAUGCGUUUGUGGGCUUGAGGAAAGGCCCGAUGGUGCAGUUCAAGCGACGGUAGAUGGUGAAGGAGUGAUUCGGCCUGCUCGCCAACUCUUGGAAAGUGACCGGUCGACAAGGAUAUUUGAAAGGGUGCUCCGGUUAUCGCUGGCUGGAAAUCUAAUUUAUAGUGCGUUCGGUUUCACAACUUAAGAGCGGGAGUCAAAGCGCAUGAUUUAGCGGCAGCAUAUAACGACUUUGAAGAUUGGAACUAUAUGGCAUAGCUGAGGAAG